UUACCUCAGAAUUAUUCUCAGGCUCAAAUGAAGUUUCUUUAAAGCCUUUUAGCACAGUGUCUGACCAGUGGUAGAUGCUUAAUAAAUGGUAGCUAUAUCAAUAAUAAUUAAUAUUAUUGAAUAUUUUGUCAGGCCAAAAGAAAAGGACAUGGGGAGCAUAAGAAAGGGUGAUAAAAUGAACUAAUUAUAUGUGUAUAUGAAAUAGAUUACAUUAGGCAGGGGUGUCAUGAGGAUUAGUGUGAUAGUGACCUUGUUGCUAAGUGCAAAAGCAAAACAAUGACAUAAAAACAAGUGUGCUAAGUACUAAGUGGAGAAGAAAUGGAGGCAAACACUGUAGGGGAAAAAAAAAACUGAUUAAAAAGGGCCCUUUGAUUCCACAAGCACAAAAAUCCACAGCCAGGAAUUUGCUGCCACCUCUGAGUCAGGCAGGGGGUGGGGGUGGGGGUGGGGUGCACAAUCCCAUUAGUAGAGAAUGCCCAGUGGAUUUAGUCUGUGAGAGUCACAUUUCUUAUUUGGACCAGUGUAGACAGAAGCAAACCCAGCUCACUUGCUUCCUGGGACAGUUGAGUUAGGGGAUGGCUUUCACAGAGCAUUCAUCACUGACCCCUCACCGCCGGGACCUCUGUAGCCGCUCUAUCUGGCUAGCAAGGAAGAUUCGUUCAGACCUGACUGCUGUUAUGGAAUCUUAUGUGAAGCAUCAGGGUCUGAACAAGAACAUCAACCUGGACUCUGUGGAUGGCGUGCCAGUGGCAAGCACUGAUCGGUGGAGUGAGCUGACCGAGGCAGAGCGACUCCAAGAGAACCUCCAAGCUUAUCGUACCUUCCAUGUUAUGUUGGCCAGGCUUUUGGAAGACCAGCAGGUGCAUUUUACCCCAGCUGAAGGUGACUUCCAUCAAGCUAUACAUUCCCUUCUACUCCAAGUUGCUGCUUUUGCUUACCAGAUAGAGGAGUUAAUGGUGCUCCUGGAACACAAGAUCCCCUCCAGUGAGGCUGAUGGGAUUCCUGUUGUUGUUGGAGAUGGUGGUCUCUUUGAGAAGAAGCUGUGGGGCCUAAAGGUGCUGCAGGAGCUUUCACAGUGGACAGUGAGGUCCAUCCAUGACCUUCGUGUCAUUUCUUCUCAACAGACUGGGAUGCCAGCACAUGGGAGCCGUUAUAUUGCUAAGGACAAGAAAAUGUAGCAGUUAGCUUCCUUGCUUUCUUUUCUAAGGGAAUAUACAAGUUCUCUGGGUCCUCAUUUUCCCAUCUUAAGUUUUUGAAAACCUUUAAGACCACAGGCAUUUUCAUCAGAUAGGGUUGGACACAUGCACAAAUGGGCAUACAGGUUUAGUCUGGGUUGGGUGCGUGCGUGCGUGCGUCGGUAUGUGUGUGAUGGAGGAUGUAGGGAAAUGGGAGUGGGGACAGCAUUCUUCCACCUCAGUGCUCUGACCUUUCUAACCACUAAUUAACCUUUAUAGGCAUUUGACAGCCUUACAGACAGAUAA